UUAAAGUGUUAAACAAUCGAUAUUCGAGUACUUUUACUUGGCAACAAUUGUAGAGAGGUCACUCUCCAAUUCCAUUAUUAUUAUUAUUAUUAUUAAUAUUAUUAUUAUUUGUUCUAUAUUGUUCUACCAAAGUAAAGCUGUAUUCUCUCUCUCGAAAAUUGAAUGGAAAAUUUCAGAGAAAUGGAAACUAAAGAUGGGUUUCCCGCAAUUUGCAGUAGAGAGAUAGGUUUCUCUCGCCCAAUCGUCUUCGCUCGCCGAUUUUCUGCUUCUGAGGUUAUUGUGAAGCAGUUGAAUCUCUAUGGGAAACUAAAUGGUCAUAAGGGCUGUGUAAAUACAGUUGAAUUCAACUCCAGUGGAGAUCUCCUUGUGUCGGGUUCUGAUGACAAGCAGGUUAUGUUUUGGGAUUGGGCGACUAAGACUCGAAGAUUGUCAUAUGCUUCUGGCCACCAUGACAACAUAUUCCAAGCUAGAAUCAUGCCGUUUACUAAUGAUCGUCGUGUAGUAACUUCUGCUGGAGAUGGACAGAUAAGGCUUGGUCAGGUCUUGGAUGAUGGUCAAGUACAUACAAAAAAGUUGGGGAGGCAUCAAGGCCGAGUAUACAAGCUCGCUGUUGAGCCAGGAAGUUCACACAUAUUAUAUAGUUGUGGAGAAGAUGGUCUUGUUCAACAUUUUGAUCUGCGAAGUAGUUGUGCUACAACACUCGUUUGUUGCACUUCGUUAAAAGAAAACAACAAGCAGCUUCAAAACAGUGUUAUAAGUUUAAAUGGCAUUGUAAUUGACCCCAGAAAUCCAAAUUACUUGGCCGUAGGAGGUGAUGAUGAAUAUGCACGUGUAUACGACAUAAGGAAAUGUUGGCAAAAUUCUUCGAAGGAUUUGGAUGAACCAGUUGACACAUUUUGUCCCCGUCACUUGGUGAAGGACAAUAGUGUUAACAUAACAGGGCUGGCUUACUCUUACACAAGCGAACUACUUGUCUCUUACAAUGAUGAGCUCAUUUAUCUGUUUCAGAAGAACAUGGGAUUAGGCCCGAUACCAUCAUCUUCCACCUCGCUUGAGGCCACACAGGAAUUAGAAGAACCACAGGUUUUCAUUGGUCACAGGAAUUCACAAACAGUUAAAGGAGUGAGUUUCUUUGGCCCCAAUGAUGACUAUGUGUUGAGCGGUUCUGAUUGCGGUCAUAUAUUCAUAUGGAGUAAAAAGGGAGCUAAACUCGUGCGCUUAAUGAAAGGUGAUCGACGCAUUUUAAAUCAACUCGAGCCUCAUCCCCACAAGCCCUUUUUUGCAACAUGUGGAAUAGAGAGCAGUGUAAAGCUCUGGGCUCCUAUGGAAACCGGUGUUCCUCCACUUCCCGAAAAUGUACAGAAGAUAAUGGAUUCGAACAGACGGGGCAGAGAGAACCAAUCAAGGGUGGUCAUGACUCCUGAUGUUAUCAUGCAUUUGUUGCGUCUGCAGAGAAGGCAAGCAAUGGUUUACGUUGAAAGAAGAUACAAUAGUGCUGAUACCGAGAGUGGCGAUGAAGAAAAUGCAGAGCCUUCUGGUUUAGGAUCCUCUGUUGACUAUGGCAAUACCUUGCCUGAAGACAAUAACGAUGAUGAUUCAGAUGAAAGUUCCAGGGACUGUAACAUUAGCUAGAUAUAUCAUACAAACUUUUUUUGUGUUGUAAAUAUAUAUAUGAGUGUAGUCUUUGUUAUGAAUUUGAUACUUGGAAUAAUUCUGUUUUGAGUACAUAACUUUUAUGUGGGAA